AUGGCCUCGCCGUCUCCAGCCUCGUCCACCAGCAGUGUGGCUUCGCGACAAUCCGUCGAACAAGACAUGAGUCGCCCCCAUACGCUGGAAGAUCUCGUCAACUACCUUGUCGCAUCCAAGCGCUCACUAAACACCCAAACAGUACUCUGGCGGGCCACAGAAAUAGUCAGCACCGCACGCGACCUGCUCGAAGAAAACGCGGUCCUGGCAGCAAAGAACGCGGCCAUUCGUGCCAUUGUCGAGCAGCAAGUCGACGCCCUCGAAGCCAUCCGCCGAGGGGUACACGUUGUCGAAUCUGAAGUCGAGGUCGAAUACAAGCAGCUCCUCCACGAUGUCGACACAGCCUUCUCAGGCCUGACCGCCACCCUCACCAUCCUCCGCGAAACCCCCAUUGAAGCCGUCCUUCAGCCCCCUGGCACCCCGCAAAAACACCUCUACGACUUCAUCGACAGUGCCACCGUCUCCAACCUCGAAGCCGACCUCCGCGCUUGUAUAGACCGCCACAACGAAGCCCACGCUGCCCUCGACGACAGCACCGACGCCUUCGACACCUCCCUUGACAACCUCCACUCCUCCCUUGACAAUGUCCCUAUCACGCCAUCCUCUCCAGACAACCCCAGCCCAAUACCAGCUCUCUACCACGAACUGGAAACCCAUGCCAAAGAGGUAGCCCAAGCCUUCCAAUCUCUAGUCUCCCACUAUGACCUCUGCAUCACAGCCCUCCGCCACACAGAAGGCGGUUCCGCUGCGGCAACCCAAGCUGUUGCCGAUACACCCAUGCCCUCGCACUCGUCGCCCACCUUUGCCGACCCAAUCUCGCCGGACCCCAUCAGCGAAGAAGAGCGCAACCACAUGCUCACCAUCCUCCACAAAGACGCCCUCCAAGUUGACGCCGUCAUCUCGGAAAUCCGUCUCCGCGGUACAGAAAUGGACUACCUCGUCAACCACCUCACAAACCAUAUCUCCCACCUUCGCUCUGAAUCCACCGCCCUCUCCUCCAUCCUCCACAUUCUCUCCCGCACCUCCAUCGCUGCAAAAUCCCACAUCGCCGCCUCCCACACCUUUCACACACAUUACACUUCUCACACCCGCCCCGCCCUUCUCACCGGCAUAGACGAGGCCUCGACCCAACGCGAAUUCUACACGCGCUUCGAUCUCGCCUACGCCGAACUGCUGGUUGAAAUCGCAGCACGCAGGCGUCGCUACGAGAAGAUGGCAAAGAAGGCGGCCGAGGCGCAGAGGGAGCUGGACCGCUUGGGCAAGGAGGAUGAAAGGGCGAGAGAGGCGUUCACGAGGGCGCAGGGAGAUUAUUUGCCGUUGGAUAUCUGGAGGGGGUUGGGCAGUCGGGCCGGGAGGUGGGUAGUCAGGGAGGUCAGGGGUGGCAAGAGUGGCGAUGAUGGUGAUGGUGGUGCUGGCGGGGAAGGCGGAGAAGAAGAAGGUGGUGCGGAAGAGGGUGGGGAUGAGGAUGGAGUACACAGUAUACCCGUGUUGGGGAGGGCGGUUGUCGAGAGGGCGCUGACGAGGGUCAAGAGACGCAUGUAA